CAACGCGGAAGAUUUGGCUCACUGGAAAUAAGCACAUCACGCAAAAUCAAAGCUUCGUGAAAUCAGCUUCUUUAUUGUGUGUUUAGAAGAUAGAAACGAUUAACUUUUUUUUUUCUUUUCUUCUUAAUAGCAACCAAUAGACAAUGCAACACUCUGGGUAUUUCCAAGCCACAACAAGCUGAACUUAUCUCAAGAUUUGCUAUCAGUGUAAAAAGAGGUAGUGAAGUCACGCAGCUACAAGCCCUGUACUUUUUUAAUCCCACCCCUGCGAUAUGAGCAGAGGUAGAGGAGGGCCCUAUAAUAAACACUAUUUCCGGCAUCCUUCACCCCACGGACAAACCAGAGAGGAUUAUUACCGGUCUGGACCUAACUCGCCGUACCGACAGGGAGCAUAUCAGAAUUACUACUCCAGCCCAAACCGUCCUGCCGCUUCUGUUGUGUUUACCAGUCCCCCAUCACACUACACUGUAGACCAGAGUCGCUCACCGAACUCUGUCUCCAGCCACCCUGACGGUUUUCAGACUUUUCAGCAACAACAAGCUGAAUUCUUAAGAGGGAAAAGCUCAGAGGCACCAGAAUACAGACCUACUGGAAGAGGGUCAUCUGUGCCCCUAAAUCAGCAGGAGGCAGGAUACAGUAGCUUCCCAAAAAGUGCUCAAAGGGGAAGGGGGAGCCAGGGCCAGAGGUUUAGACACCCACAGUCUACUCCAGGUCAGGGGCAAGUGUAUCCUUACCAGUUACAAGCCAAUACAAACAGCACUCCAUACCCUAAUAGGUCAUGGUCCUCUGCUAUAGAUCCCAUAUGUAACACUUUUCAGACAUUAUCCAUUCAGCAAAAGCAGCACAACAUAAGAGAACAGCAGAGAUAUCCUUCAACCAGGAGUUCUGGCAAAGUUAGCAUUACCCUCACCUCAGAUAUCCAAGAGCAGGUAUACAAAGCUUUAGCAGCCUUGAAGCCAGACGAAAGAAUCCCUGCUAAAUUCUUGGCUAAAAAGUUACAUCUUCCCAAAAAGAUAGUCAACAAAGUGCUUUAUUCACUGGAACAAUCACAAAAGGCUUGCAAGCAGGGUCUUAACCCUCCUGAGUGGAGUCUAUACAGGCACAGCGAGGAUCAAAAAGUACAGAGUCUUCCCUGUCACCUUUAUAACAACCCAGAAUACGCUCCAAAACCUGAAGAGGAAUCCCCGGUCAUCUCAAAAAGCACAGAUCAAGAGGGGGAAGAGGACUCUGAUGUGAUUAUUGAAUCUAGUUGUUCUUCUUCCUGUUCCUCAUUAGACGAAGAGUCUCAAAGCCAAGACAAUCCUCAGCACCAGCACAAACUCCAAGAUUUAGCAAUGGCAAAUCAGAAAGAGGGAAUUUUGCAAUACCUCCUGGGUGUGGGGGAGGCCACAUCUCUUACUAUUGCUAAGAAUCUGGGGCUCAGGGGUGCCAAGCAGGUUAACCCAACACUUUAUGCUUUGGAAAAACAAGGAGAAGUCAUCAAAAAUGGUGAGGUAAGUCCUCCUACCUGGGAGCUCUCUCCUCACCGUAAAGAAAGAAUGGAGAGAAAUGUCAAAGCCAAAGAAGUCUCUUCAGGUCAGAGUGGACUGCAACAGCAAAGUGCUACAAAUGAAAGUGGAGGCUGUUCUAUGUCUGUGCCAUCUUCUUCAGUACCGGGUCUAGAACCACUGCCACUGCAAGCGGGGUCUUCAGACAAUGGCCACAGAGAAGCUGCAUCAGCUUUCACAUUGCCACAGGCUAAAGAGCCCAGUGAAGGGCAGUGGGCGACUGACGAAAUCCCAGAGUACCUCAAUACCAUUCGCAGAGAAACGGAUGCAGUGAGGGCCAAUCCUCAGGCCAACAACAUGGGAAUUGUAGCAGUGUCUUUGGCUGCACCACCUCCACAGAACUUUUGGGGGAAGUUACAAGAGGUUAAACUGAAGAACCCGGUCAGUGGACUCAUGGAGUAUGCUCAGUUCAUUGGUGAGAGCUGUGAGUUCCUGCUUCUUGACCAAUCAGGACCAUCGCAUGACCCAAGAUUCCGCAUGCAGGUGAUGCUGAGUGGAAAACUGUUUCCAGUCGCUGAGGCCUCAAGCAAAAAAGUGGCAAAAAAAGACGCUGCUGCAGCUGCUCUGCGAGUGCUGGCUGCUGAGAUGCAGGGUGGGCCCGGCUCAGGGGAAGAGGGAGGCACUGCCAACGUGGGCCAAGCUACGGGUCUAUUUUCAGAUAGUGGGUCUCUUGAAGACAUGCUGGGAGCAGACGGUGGAGAGGAGAUGAGGACAUCUGAUGGGGCUCGGCAGCCUCUGUCCCGCUCUCUUCCUGGGGGAAAGAAUCCAGUGUCUGUUCUGAUGGAGUACAGCCAACGCAGUGGCAACUCCAUUGAGUUCAUUGUGACUGGUCAGGCUGGUCCUCCACAUGACCCCAGGUUUAUGUACCAGGUCAAGAUAGGAGAGACGUUGUUCCCAGAAGCCUCGGCUCCAAGCAAAAAGGCAGCUCGCCAACUGGCAGCAGAAGAGGCAGUUAAAGAACUAAUGGCAGAUGGACGACUGCAGUCCAACAAGCCCCACUUUCCUCUGGGCACUUCCAAUGACGAGGAAGCCUUUGGGAACCCGUGUCUGCCUCUGCCCCCUCUGACAGCAGAUGCACUGCGAGCGGCUCAUGAGGCAGGGGUGGGAGACCUUAUCAACUAUCUCAACAACAAUGCAGUUUCUGGCUUGCUGGAGUAUGCAAGAGCGCGUGGGUUUGCUGCAGAGAUCCGACUUGUGGACCAGUCUGGACCAGCCCAUGAACCAAAGUUCACGUACCAGGCCAAACUUGGUGGGCGCUGGUUUCCUCCCGUCUGUGCCUCCAACAAGAAGCAGGGCAAACAGGAGGCGGCAGAUGCUGCUUUGAGGAUACUGAUUGGAGAAGCUGAGAAAGCAGCACGAACAGGGGAACUCAUCCCUGCAGAGCUUCCAGUGAGUGGCAGCACUUUACACGACCAAAUAGCCAUGUUGAGUCACCAGCGCUUCAAUGCCCUGACCACACGUAUACAGCACAGCCUUUUGGGACGCAAGAUUCUGGCCACCAUCGUGAUGAGGAGAGGGGAGGGCCUGGGCACUGUGGUCAGCCUAGGAACAGGGAAUCGUUGUGUUAAAGGAGAGGAGCUGAGCCUUAAAGGCGAGACGGUUAACGAUUGCCAUGCAGAAAUCAUCUCCAGAAGGGGCUUUGUCCGGUUUCUGUACAGUGAGCUGCUCAGGCACUUUGAUGGAGCAGAUGACAGUAUAUUUGAGCCAGCUGAAGAAAACAAGCUGAGAAUCAAAUCUGACAUCACCUUUCACCUCUACAUCAGCACGGCACCGUGUGGAGACGGAGCUCUGUUCGACAAAUCCUGCAGUGAGGCGGGGGAUGAAGUGGUGGGUCACCAGCCUCUUUUUGAGAACGCUAAACAGGGCAAGCUACGAACUAAAGUGGAGAACGGUGAAGGCACCAUCCCUGUGGAGUCGAGUGAUAUUGUGCCCACCUGGGAUGGCAUUCAGCACGGGGAGAGGCUGCGCACCAUGAGCUGUAGUGACAAGAUCCUCCGCUGGAAUGUGCUUGGACUGCAGGGGGCGCUGCUGUCUCAUUUUGUUCAUCCUAUCUACCUAAAGUCCAUUAGUCUGGGUUAUUUGUACAGCCAUGGGCACCUGACACGAGCCGUUUGUUGUCGACUUGCGAGAGAUGGAGAAGCACUCGCGAAAAGUCUCCCAUCGCCGUUUAGGCUCAAUCACCCUGAGGUGGGACGAGUGAGUGUGUAUGACUCCACGCGACACACAGGCAAGACCAAAGAGUCCAGUGUGAACUGGAGCUUUCCAGACCAGCACUGUGUGGAGGUGCUGGACGGGACCAAAGGCAAACUGGAUGGAAAUAAAAUGGCUGUGUCCCGGGUUUGUAAGGCCAAACUCUUCUGCCUCUUUCGCGCUCUGUGUCAGAGAUCUGGGCGCAGCGAUCUCCUCUCCUUAUCUUCGUAUGCUCAGGCCAAGAUUUUGGCCGAGGACUUCCAGAAAGCCAAAAGGCUGUUUUUCCAGGCUCUCAGCGUCCAAGGAUAUGGGGCCUGGAUCGGCAAACCAAUGGAGGAAAAGACUUUUGAGUUGGGAACUUGGAAUAACAUGGUAAACUGUCCCAGUGGAAACAAUGGAAAUGGCAAUGGGAAUGUAAUAGAGAUCAAGGCAGAGGAUAUGGAGAUAAAGGCAGAGGGGUUCUCUGCCUUUGGGAGAAAUUGCAAACCAAGGACAAAGAGUGUAAUAUCUGCAGUGAUACGGUUUCCCCCAGAGCUCAAACUAACAAUGGCAGCACAGAAAGAGCUAGUUUUGCAAUACCUCCUGGGUGUGGGGGAGGCCACGUCUCUUACUAUUGCUAAGAAUCUGGGGCUCAGGGGUGCCAAGCAGGUCAACCCAACACUUUAUACUUUGGAAAAACAAGGAGAAGUCAUCAAAAAUGGUGAGGUAAGUCCUCCUACCUGGGAGCUCUCUACUCACUGUAAAGAAAGGAUGGAAAGAAACGUCAAAGCCAAGAAGUCCUCUUCAGGUCAGAGUGGACUGCAGCAGCAAAGUGCUACAAAUGAAAGUGGAGGCUGUUCUAUGUCUGUGCCAUCUUCUUCAGUACCGGGUCUAGAACCACUGCCACCGCAAGCGGGGUCUUCAGACAAUGGCCACAGAGAAGCAGCAUCAGCUUUCACAUUGCCACAGGCUAAAGAGCCCAGUGAAGGGCAGUGGGCGACUGACGAAAUCCCAGAGUACCUCAAUACCAUUCGCAGAGAAACGCAGAGGGCCAAUCCUCAGGCCAACAACAUGGGAAUUGUAGCAGUGUCUUUGGCUGCACCACCUCCACAGAACUUUUGGGGGAAGUUACAAGAGGUUAAACUGAAGAACCCGGUCAGUGGACUCAUGGAGUAUGCUCAGUUCAUUGGUGAGAGCUGUGAGUUCCUGCUUCUUGACCAAUCAGGACCAUCGCAUGACCCAAGAUUCCGCAUGCAGGUGAUGCUGAGUGGAAAACUGUUUCCAGUCGCUGAGGCCUCAAGCAAAAAAGUGGCAAAAAAAGACGCUGCUGCAGCUGCUCUGCGAGUGCUGGCUGCUGAGAUGCAGGGUGGGCCCGGCUCAGGGGAAGAGGGAGGCACUGCCAACAUGGGCCAAGCUACGGGUCUAUUUUCAGAUAGUGGGUCUCUUGAAGACAUGCUGGGAGCAGACGGUGGAGAGGAGAUGAGGACAUCUGAUGGGGCUCGGCAGCCUCUGUCCCGCUCACUUCCUGGGGGAAAGAAUCCAGUGUCUGUUCUGAUGGAGUACAGCCAACGCAGUGGCAACUCCAUUGAGUUCAUUGUGACUGGUCAGGCUGGUCCUCCACAUGACCCCAGGUUUAUGUACCAGGUCAAGAUUGGAGAGACGUUGUUCCCAGAAGCCUCAGCUCCGAGCAAAAAGGCAGCUCGGCAGCUGGCAGCAGAAGAGGCAGUUAAAGAACUAAUGGCAGAUGGACGACUGCAGUCCAACAAGCCCCACUUUCCUCUGGGCACUUCCAAUGACGAGGAAGCCUUUGGGAACCCGUGUCUGCCUCUGCCCCCUCUGACAGCAGAUGCACUGCGAGCGGCUCAUGAGGCAGGGGUGGGAGACCUUAUCAACUAUCUCAACAACAAUGCAGUUUCUGGCUUGCUGGAGUAUGCAAGAGCGCGUGGGUUUGCUGCAGAGAUCCGACUUGUGGACCAGUCUGGACCAGCCCAUGAACCAAAGUUCACGUACCAGGCCAAACUUGGUGGGCGCUGGUUUCCUCCCGUCUGUGCCUCCAACAAGAAGCAGGGCAAACAGGAGGCGGCAGAUGCUGCUUUGAGGAUACUGAUUGGAGAAGCUGAGAAAGCAGCACGAACAGGGGAACUCAUCCCUGCAGAGCUUCCAGUGAGUGGCAGCACUUUACACGACCAAAUAGCCAUGUUGAGUCACCAGCGCUUCAAUGCCCUGACCACACGUAUACAGCACAGCCUUUUGGGACGCAAGAUUCUGGCCACCAUCGUGAUGAGGAGAGGGGAGGGCCUGGGCACUGUGGUCAGCCUAGGAACAGGGAAUCGUUGUGUUAAAGGAGAGGAGCUGAGCCUUAAAGGCGAGACGGUUAACGAUUGCCAUGCAGAAAUCAUCUCCAGAAGGGGCUUUGUCCGGUUUCUGUACAGUGAGCUGCUCAGGCACUUUGAUGGAGCAGAUGACAGUAUAUUUGAGCCAGCUGAAGAAAACAAGCUGAGAAUCAAAUCUGACAUCACCUUUCACCUCUACAUCAGCACGGCACCGUGUGGAGACGGAGCUCUGUUCGACAAAUCCUGCAGUGAGGCGGGGGAUGAAGUGGUGGGUCACCAGCCUCUUUUUGAGAACGCUAAACAGGGCAAGCUACGAACUAAAGUGGAGAACGGUGAAGGCACCAUCCCUGUGGAGUCGAGUGAUAUUGUGCCCACCUGGGAUGGCAUUCAGCACGGGGAGAGGCUGCGCACCAUGAGCUGUAGUGACAAGAUCCUCCGCUGGAAUGUGCUUGGACUGCAGGGGGCGCUGCUGUCUCAUUUUGUUCAUCCUAUCUACCUAAAGUCCAUUAGUCUGGGUUAUUUGUACAGCCAUGGGCACCUGACACGAGCCGUUUGUUGUCGACUUGCGAGAGAUGGAGAAGCACUCGCGAAAAGUCUCCCAUCGCCGUUUAGGCUCAAUCACCCUGAGGUGGGACGAGUGAGUGUGUAUGACUCCACGCGACACACAGGCAAGACCAAAGAGUCCAGUGUGAACUGGAGCUUUCCAGACCAGCACUGUGUGGAGGUGCUGGACGGGACCAAAGGCAAACUGGAUGGAAAUAAAAUGUCUGUGUCCCGGGUUUGUAAGGCCAAACUCUUCUGCCUCUUUCGCGCUCUGUGUCAGAGAUCUGGGCGCAGCGAUCUCCUCUCCUUAUCUUCGUAUGCUCAGGCCAAGAUGUUGGCCGAGGACUUCCAGAAAGCUAAAAGGCUGUUUUUCCAGGCUCUCAGCGUCCAAGGAUAUGGGGCCUGGAUCGGCAAACCAAUGGAGGAAAAGACUUUUGAGUUGGGAACUUGGAAUAACAUGGUAAACUGUCCCAGUGGAAACAAUGGAAAUGGCAACGGGAAUGUAAUGGAGAUCAAGGCAGAGGAGGCCUAGAAUGUUCACAACAUUUUAAAUACAAACCUUCAACCUAAACCCAGCAGGUCAUCAGCAUCUUUCAACAUAAUAAUUUAGAAAGGUUAUUCUCAAUUGCAAACGUUGUGUGCAAACCCCGAGUUGAUAGAAGAAAACAAUUUUACCUCUAAAACUACAUUAAUCACGUUACUGUUCAACAAAAAUAUGCAAAUGGUUAUAGGAAGAACAUGCUAAUUGUAUUUUAAUGUUUUAGUAUAAUGUAUAUUUUGUACAUUUUCAGCAAUAAUGCUAUUUUUAUUUUUGUGAAACUACUGCUUUUUUUACAGUUUUAAUAGUAGCAAACGUGUGUUCUUAAAGUGUGGAUUGUGGCGACUGUAAAGCCGUAGGGCCCCUCAUCUUAAGGUCAGAGGUUUGAUCUCUGCUCUGUGGGCAAGACACUUAACUUGCCAGUGCACACUAGUGUAUGAAUAUAAAUAGAUUGUAAAAUGCAUUAGUAAAAAGCAACACUUUUCCAGGUGCUCCAAGUCACUUCACAAUUUGGUGCAGUAUUCAUUCACUUCACAUUAAGUCAGGGCGAUAAUAAUGAACUCCACUCCAGAGAACAUGAUUUUAUUCUCCCAGAGUCGUCUUUCUUAAUUGCCCGGCCUAACAUAUUCAGUUUUGGUACGCUACUUUUGUGUUCACUUGCUACAAACCACAUUUAUGCAUUGGCAAAUGUAGGGGAAGUGUCUUGCCCAAGAACGCGAAAGUAUGCACUGGUCGGAGCUCGGGUCGCACUGCCAUCUUGUCGGUGAGCACUCUAACCACUAAGCCACCGUUGUUCAGCUGUUUGUUUGAAAUAGUUCCUUGAGGUAAAGCAAUUUUAGUUCCCAGUGGAAGGAGAAAAUUGCUUUGUAGAUGUAGCCAUUAAUCAUAUUAUGUUAAAAGGACUCUUACUUUCAGGUGUCAAUGACACGUCAAAACAACCUCAGUGCUGGAAAAAAAAAGUUAUGUAUGAGAAAGAAAGAUUUUUCCAAGUUAAAUGUCUUGUUCUGUUUUUUGAUGGUGUUUUGUACCCCAGGCUUUUGUUGCAAUGCCCUGAAGGAUCAGCAGGUGGCAUAGCUGCUGAAAGCACGCCACAAAUCCCCACAUGACCUGAUAUUCAUGUGAGAAUCCCUGGGAACACUUUUCAACGUGGAUUAUGCAAAAGUGACAUUUAUUUCACCUUUUUCUCAGAAUAAAAAUACCUGUGCUUCCUACCUUAA